UAGGCUACUCGGGAGAGAGGGAGCUAAGGAGCCGGCCGCAUCACGUGGGUCCGGGUCCCGCUCCCGCCGCCGCCGCCGCUGCCGUCGCCGUCGUCUUUCUCUGUCUUCUCGCUUGCGGUAGCCAUCUUGCUCUUCCCGCGUGCCUGCUGCUGGAGGACCCCUUUCCUGCUCCAGAUUUACCAACAGCAUGAAUCAAGAAAAGUUAGCCAAACUUCAGGCUCAGGUCCGGAUAGGGGGCAAGGGUACAGCUCGCAGAAAGAAGAAGGUGGUACAUAGAACAGCUACAGCUGAUGAUAAAAAACUUCAGAGUUCUCUAAAAAAGCUGGCUGUGAAUAACAUAGCUGGUAUUGAAGAGGUGAACAUGAUUAAAGAUGAUGGAACAGUUAUUCAUUUCAAUAAUCCCAAAGUCCAAGCUUCCCUUUCUGCUAACACCUUUGCAAUUACUGGUCAUGCAGAAGCCAAACCAAUCACAGAAAUGCUUCCUGGGAUAUUAAGUCAGCUUGGUGCUGAUAGUUUAACAAGUCUUAGGAAGUUAGCUGAACAGUUCCCUCGGCAAGUGUUGGACAGCAAAGCACCAAAACCAGAAGACAUCGAUGAAGAAGAUGAUGAUGUUCCAGAUCUUGUAGAAAAUUUUGAUGAGGCAUCGAAGAAUGAAGCAAAUUAAAAUCUUUUCUGGUUUUUGGAAGCUGGCAUGGACUAGAUUUAACAAAUCAGCUAUGUGGUUCCAAAGUUUUACAGACACGGAGAACACCAACUGUUACUAGUUCAGUAAUAUAAAUAUUUUGUAUAUUAACAAUGCUGUUUGUUCAGCAUUUUCGGUCAUUUGAUUUUUGCAUUUUGCACUUCCUCCCAGGAUCUAUUCUUUUGGUCAAAAUACGAAGUAUUGGUGCAGUUUGAGGGUGUUUUGAUUUCUGACUUGGUUUUUUUUUGGGGGGUGGGGGAUAUUUUUGGUGUGUGUGUGUGUGUAUGUAUGCGUGUGAGUAUGUAUGUAAACAGUGGGAAAAAAAUGGAAAACAGUUCUAUUUAUCCUUCUUCCCCCAGUAGAAAUAAAACAGAUCUUUACAUUUGUUACUUUAUUUUUUUUCUAAUAAUGAGCAGAAUUAAUGAAAAGUGUGUAGCAUAGAUUUUUUAAUCUGAGGUUUUAUCUUUGAAAAUUUGGUUUUAAUUUGCUUGGCUAACCUUUUCCAUACAGUUCUCUGGGUUUUAAACAUUAGAUAUUUUGCUGCCAGCUCUAUGCUGGUGCAACAGGUAGUAUAUCUAUGGUAUGGUUGCCCUAGAUUCACUUUGACUGACAGACCCAGAAGAAUUUUGACUGCUAGCUUUCUUCGAAAUGCCUUUUGCCCCUCUCCUUUUGGGCUCCAAAUGGCCUGGUCAACCUUUGGUAAUACUCUUCCUCAUCUUCCGCCUCACCUGAGUAGGGUAUUCUCCAAAUAAGUGAGUGCCUAAUCCCUCAUUUAGUAAGACUUUGUUCCUUCAUCUUGAAGAAUAGUAACUCCAUCUCCAACUUUUUCUUUCUCCCUGAUUUUAUAGUUUGACAGAUAUCAAACUGGAAUUGCUAGCAUCUGCUUGCAAAUAAUUUUAUGUUAGCCUUAUACAGUAUCCCAGUUUACAUCAUUAAUAUAACAAAUACAAAAAUAUCUCUUUUUUUUUCCCCAGCAAGUUUGAGAUUAGUAAUGUCCUUUGUAAUAAAAAAAAAAAAAUCAGCCAUAGAUUCAUUCUUUCCCCACUCCCAAUGCAAUUGGGCAUUAUGUGAAAUGAAAUGGUACUGGUUCCAGGAAGUUUUCUUCAACUACUCUCCUAUUCUUGGCCUUGAAUCUACCUCUGGGUUGGAUCUUAAUAUUAUAGCUGCUCGCAGCAUCCUCCUGCAUGUUUAGAGUAAUGCGUGGCGGGGAGGGAAACUGGGGAGACACUGGUAAAACACAAUAUUUAUUUUUUACCUCCUUUUAGAGAACUUGUGGGGUAAGUUCCAUCCAUUCAUUUAAGUGUCCCUCUUGCUGUCUAAUGAUAAAAGCUUGUAUUUUGCUAUCUCAGCAUUUGUUUUAGCCAAUAUUUAAGAAUAAGAUUUAGAAAACAUUAUUUCCUGGCCUGUCAUCUAACUAUGGCUUAAACUUGCUGAUAUCAACUUCUUUCAGUCUGGAUAUCUUUAUUUGAUAUCUCAAGCGCAAAACCACCAAUAUAUCAAGACAUCUAUAGACACAAAGGCAAAGCUCUUGUGUUUUAUUUCAUUCAGAUGCAUCAAUUUAUAAGAUUGUUCAUUUUUCCUGUUAUGUUUUAUAUAAUAUAUGGACUUAAUUACAAAAUAAAAUACAGUAAUAAAAUAAGUACAAAA